UUGACGAGUUCUGAUUCUAUCUCAGUAUAAAUAGAUUCCAUUUUGAACUGAUUCCUCAUUCUGAACUAAAAUGGGGUCUUUCAAAAUGUUAAUUAUUUUGUUUAUGGGGCUUUCCAUGAACAUUGGGUUCGUUCUGAGUGACUGCAGCAGCCUUGACAAAAUGUUCUACAUACAGUAUAAAGGAACCCGACUGGUUCUAGCUAGCCGCAAUUCGGGCGUAGAUUUUGAACCUUAUGACCCUAGUAUAUACUAUGCGCAGUACCAACAAUGGAAUGUUGAGGUUUCUCCCAGAACUGGAUUGUUUACCAUUCAGGUCAGGUACUCAGUCGGGGCGCUCGAUUUUGACAAAGAGACUUACGAAAUUGCCCGAUAUGAUGAAACUGACUCCAUUUAUCAAGAAUGGUUUUUAAAUUCAGAUGGUACUAUUGUUAAUGGUGCUCUGAGUGGGUAUGCGAUUACAGUAAAUAGUACUUCCUUCGGUGACAUCGACAAGAUUUAUCUGGCGCCUCUUGGAGAACCGGGGGCAGACCAACUUUUCGAAUUGUUUUACGCAGAUGAAAUUGAAAAACAAUUCGUUUCUUAAAAAAUUAUUGAUUUACUAAACUGUAUUUUAAAAAUGAAUACCAAAUAAACUUUAUUUUUUGUUUA